AUGGAACGCGAACAGAUCUUCAUCGACCCAUUCAAAGGGCCCUCGGCGGUCCUGUUCAUCAAAGCCUUCACCCUGUGGCGGAUAUACCCGGAGAUCCUCUUCCUCGCCGGCUGGGCCACCCUACUCGUCCUCCUCGACGCCCACGUCCCUGCGCUCUCCUUGCGGCUGCCGCCCACCAUCCUGACGGUGCUCGGCACGGUGAUCGGCUUCGUGCUCUCCUACCGGACAUCAAGCGCGUACGAGCGGUACACCGAGGGCCGCAAGCAGUGGAGCACGAUCGUCCAUGUGUCCCGCACCCUGGCCUGUCUGGUCUGGUCGCACGUCUCGCACCCGCUGCGGCUACCGACGCCGAGCGCGCCGGCCACUGCCACCGAAACCCUGCGCGGCAUCCUCGAGAAGAAGACGUUCAUCAACCUCAUCGAGGGCUUCGCGGUCAGCCUCAAGCACUACUUGCGCGGCGAGCACGGGAUAUACUACGAGGACCUGUACCGUGAGUGCGCGCCCGCCGCGGGACCCGCCGAGACCCGGAUGCUGACGAGCCCGAGCCCAGACCUUGCCUGCUACCUGCCGAAGUACGACUUCCCGGCGAGCCUGCCGAUGGACCGGCCGGACCUGACCGAGGAGAAAGCGCCCCGGGCCUCGCCCUUCCCGCCCGCCCACAAGCUGCUGCCAAACUACAACCCGCCGGAAGAGAAGCUGUGCGCGUGUCUGCCCUUCGGCCUGUUCAAAAGCCUCUGGAAGGGCACGCGCAACGCGACGGGGCUGCGGACGAAGAAGGCGAACUACAGCCGCCGGAUCCACGACGACAACGUCCCGCUGGACAUGAUCUGCUGCAUGAGCGCAUACAUCGCGACGCUGCAGCACCGGGGGGUUCUGAACGUGCCGCUGGCGAACUCGCUGCUGCUCUCGGUGUCCUCGUUCUCCGACUCGCUGGCGACCCUGGAACGGAUCCUGACCCUGCUGUCCACCUUCGGAUACGUCACCAUCCCCGCCACCGCCCUCAUCGCCAUCGCCUUCCUCGGCUUCCUGCGGAUCGGCGAGGAGAUCGAGAACCCCUUCGGAUACGAUUCUAACGACCUGGACAUGGACCACUUCUGCCAAAACCUGAUCGGCCGAGAACUCGCCGAAAUAACAGGGACCGCGGCGCCGGACCCGGAGGCGUUCGUCUUCUCGGCCUUCAACGUCCCGCUGUUCCGGCAGAACGAGCGGCGGUCGGCGGCCCAGCUGGCCGCCGGGCUCGCGUCGGCCGCCGACGUCCAGCGGCUGCUACGCACCCGGCCGGGCGCUGGGAAUGCUCCUGCGGGGGAUCCGGACGGGGACGGCUGCUGUUGA